CUGCGACUGGAAGUGUGUGAACCACAUCCAGCAAGAAUGUCCUUUUAGAUCGAUCAGACGCGCGAUUCUAAUGUUUGGCUCUCUGAAUAAAACCUGUGAUUAACUAGACGUUGUUAAGAAUCUGGAUCAGUCCAAGGGAAUAAAUAUUGCACCAUUCUCAAUUCCUGACAUCCCAUGUGCGAUCUGUGCAACUGUAAAGUGCAAGCACUUGCAAAAUUCGCAACAACCUCAUCAAACUGCAAGUAUGAAUUAAACAUCACUCAUCAGUUUGCUCAGGAACAAGCUCAGCCACGAACCUCGUCGCCUUCACAAACUAAACUAAAUCACGUGAUUUUCGUCUGUAGACGUAAACAAAUAGUGGUUUAGAAGUUAAAUACACUUUUUUUUCAAUAAUUAACACAAAAAUAAACUUAUUUUAUUAUUUACAGACAACUAACCUUUAUUUGAAUUUUGCUUGUUUAGAAUCUAAAGUCGUUUUAAAGUUUCGUGAAUUGAGCUCAUGUGAAUAUUUAUAAACGGAAUGUGAAGAUAUUUUGUUGCAAUGAGUAAACAGAACAGCCGUCAUAUUAAUGAGAUGGGUGAAAAUGAAGCUAAUUUUAACUCAAAGGGUAUAGUCGGCAUGCCCGAAGAUACUGAUAGUGUUAAUGACCACUCUAUAAGUGAAGCUGAUACAUUUAGUGAUGACGCUCCUGUAAUGAAACAAAAAAGGGAACUCGAAAACAACGUAAGUGAAUCUUUCUUGGAUGACAGUGAUCUCUCAGUUAAAGAUAGUGAAGAAUCCUACUUUCCCAGUAAAAAAGUUGAAUCUACAAUUAUUUCUGAAAUCAUCGUUUCAGAUGAGAAUGCUCACUCUGAAUUUAGCGAAACCUUAUCGUCAAUCAGCGACGGAAUUCAGGAGUCUAGUGAUACUUCAACAAGCGAGGAAUACAAUGAAUCACUAUCUACAGCCCUUAAAUUUCUUUCCCCUUCUAAAAAGAACAGUAAAACAUUGAACGGAGUUAUUGAAGAACCGAGUUAUGCUAAAAGUGGACUAAAUAAAUUAGCAAGAGAAAGAAAAAUUAACGAAAUUAUUCAUGCUCUUGAAGAAAAUGAUAUUGAUGCUCUUAAAAUUGCUGCCAUUUCACCCGGUGGGCUACUAAAUGACAAUAUUCGAAGAAAAGUGUGGCCUAAGUUGGUCGGAGUCGACUUGGUGGAAGCUUCUCCUCGUCCCUGCCAAAAAGAAAUCGAAGAACACCCCUAUUAUCAACAAGUCGUCUUAGAUGUAAAUCGAUCUCUGAAGCGAUUUCCCCCUAGUAUAGAAGAAGCUCAGAGAUUAACUAUGUUGGACCAGCUUGUUAUAUUAAUUAUGCGAGUAUUAUGUAAACAUCCAGAAUUGCACUAUUAUCAAGGUUACCACGAUAUUUGUGUGACAUUUCUUUUAGUUUUAGGUGAAGAAACUGCUUAUCAUGUUGUAGAAAAACUAUCACAAACUCAUCUUAGCAUAUUCAUGGAGAAGAGUAUGGAGCGUACUAUACAUCUAUUAGAGUAUAUGUUUCUUCUGAUUGAGAAGAAACAACCAAACUAUAAACAUUUUCUUAUGAAAUCUGAAGUUGGAGUUGCUUAUUGUUUGAGCUGGCUCAUUACUUGGUUCAGCCAUGUUUUAAAUGAUUAUAGCACUGUGGUCAGGUUUUUUGAUUUCUUUAUUGUGUCACAUAGUUGGAUGCCGCUAUAUGUCACGACUUCUUUAGUGCUUCACAGACAGCUAGAGGUAAUGAAACAAGAUUGUGAUAUGGCAUCAGUGCAUUCAUUUUUGAGUAAAAUUCCUGAUGAUAUGCCAUUCGAACAGCUUUUAACUGAAUCGCUCAAUUUAUUUGGAAGUUGUAAGCCUAAAGCUUUGGCGAAGGAAAAGCCUUAUGUUAAGAAAGUUCUGCCGAAACCUAAAAAAUUGAAAAAAUGGGAGUUUAUACCUAGAUUGAAGUAUGUGCCAACAACUAUAGUUAUCGCUGCUGCUGUUUUGGUGACUGCUGUAAUUUAUCAAGCUUUUAAUUAUUAAUUAAAUUAUAAAAAUUUUAUAGCGAAAUAAUUAUGUCUAGCUAUUUAUCCAGAUGUUGAUAAUUAUUUUUAGGCCAGUGCAAAUAUAUUUUCAACCAAAGAUUAUUUACAAACAUAUUUCUUCUUUGGGUCUUGGUACGUAAUUAAAAAUGUGACUUUUAAUUACUUGCAAAAACUUCUUUCUAUAAAAGGAUUAAAAUUUGUAACUAUUGAUUGAUUCCUUAUACUACUAUAUAUAUGUAUACAAUUAUAAAUGUUGAAUUGUG